GGGGGUGGUGUAAUUUUUGUUUGUUUCACAACGCGGCGCCCGUUAUCUUGCGACAGCCGAGUGCUCGUACUCAUUGGAUCAUUGCUAGCCCACCGGUGCGAACAUGGUAAUUCGGAAGCUCUACACUCCUCCGGUUGUCACGCGGAACGGCCAUGGCGCUACGACUCCUCCUAUCGCUGCAGUUCCCACGGUCAUCGCUGAUGUUAAGCAAGAGCUGAUCGUGCCGGAACCAGUUGCGGUACCCUUUUCUGCUGCUCCAGUCGAGCAGCCUGUAGUUGUGGAAGCCACUCCCAAAAAAGAUGACGUAAUAGUCACGAUCAAGGCUGGAAAGUUGGAGGGUGAGAAGGUGUCUCUUCCAAAUGGAGAGCAAAGCUACCGCUUUAGCGGUAUUCCGUACGCUAAACCUCCGGUUGGGGAGUUAAGGUUUAAGCCACCGGUUCCACUGGAAAGCUUUGGGGUCGAUCUGCUGGAUUGUAAGAAGGAGCGAAGCAACGCCUUUGGAGUCAUGUACUUUGAGCCGGGAGCUGCGGAGAAUGCGUCGGAGGACUGUUUGUUCUUGAAUGUUCAGACUCCUUGCAUUGAGACGGGUAAAGGAUUGCCGGUCAUGGUUUGGAUCCAUGGAGGGGGAUUUAACAUGGGAAGUGGGAAUAGCGUAGCUUAUUGUCCGGAGUAUUUGGUUCAAGAAGGGGUCGUGGUGGUUACGUUCAACUAUCGGCUGGGACCACUGGGAUUCAUGUACUUCCCAGCGGCGGGGAUUCACGGCAACAUGGGACUCAAGGAUCAACGAUGUGUUUUACGAUGGGUGCUGGAGAACAUCCGAAACUUUGGAGGAGAUCCGAGCAAUGUUACGCUAUUUGGGGAAAGUGCCGGAGGUGCGUCGGUGCACUUGAACUACCUGGCCGAUAGCUCAAGACAGUACUUCCACAAGGCGAUUUGUAUGUCCGGUGUUUCGUACAAUCCGUGGGUUCUACAAGCUGACGGCGAAGGGAAAGCACGACGAUUGGCGGCUUUGUUUGGAGCGGAAUCCAGUGAUGAUCAGGAUGUGCUCAGAAAGCUCAUGGAAGCUUCUGCGGUUGACUUGUUCGCAAAGUGUCAACUUGUUAUUACGGACAAGGAAAAGCUGGCGGAUAUGUUCUUUGCUUUUACCCCAGUUGUUGAGCUUGAAACUGCAGAAGAACCAUUCCUAACGCAGAAUUUCAUAACCUUGAUAAUGAAUCCCAACCUGACGAGCAUUCCAAUGAUGAACGGGAUCACUAGCAGUGAGGGACUUCUUAUAGCCGGAACAGUGGAGAGCAGCAUCGCAGAGUAUAGAGUAAAUCCCACCAAAUUGGUUCCACUGGAAAUGCUUCAGUUUGAGGACCGCGUCACAGAGGUGGCUGAUGAAAUUAAAGCCUUUUUCUUCGGAUCCGAUGAUAUCAGCGAAGAACGCUUGCAAUCUUUGGUAGAUAUCGUUUCCGAUAACAUGUUCGUUAUGGCCGCUUACGUCGCAGCUGAACUCCAUGCUCGUUAUCAGCCCAAGACACCCCAAUUCUUUUACGUCGCCUCUUUCGAGGGUGAGUUGAACAAGUUCAGGAAGCUGUUCUCCGCUCCGGACCACCUAUCCGGAGUGUGUCACGCCGAUGAGACACUCUACUUGUUCAGCUCGAGGAUGAUGGACACCAACGUUGAGCCGGGAUCCAGAGCGGACCGCUUCCGGUCUACCAUGUGUCGGAUGUGGACCAAUUUUGCCAAGUUUGGAAAUCCAACGCCGGCCGAUGGUGGCGUGGACUUUGACUGGAAACCGGUUCCGCCGGUUGAAGAUGGAGGAUUUACUCUGGUGGCUGCUGAUUUGAAUGAGGAGUCUAAAAUGGUUGAAAAUCCGUUCCUGGAGCGCAUUCAGUUCUGGCGAGAGCUGUUCGGACGUCAUUACGGAAACUAUUUGGUGCGGGAUGCAUAGAAUGUAGUCGUACUCGAAAUAUAAACCAAAUAAAGAACUCAA